AUGACACGAGAGAAAGAUUUGAUCAUGACCAGAAAUAGGAGUAGUGGUGAGGGUGCCUGCACCGCCUACGUCCACUCGCGGAUCACCCUGUACCAUGCCAGCAAGAUUGACCUCCGCUACUGCCGCUCCCUUCACAGCUGCAGCUCGUGUAAGCUGGGUCAGGUCGAUGACCUUUGUGGGGCUAUCCAUUUUGGAGUUUGUUCGCCAGUGAACUUCCCUUCAGGCAGACAACGAAGAGUUUCAGGCCCAUCAGAACAUGCUGUCUCGUAUGCGUCUACAUCACCCGGAAGUCCGUCUUUAGACCACGACGGUAGCACCAUCUACCACAGUAGUGCACACUUUUCUGCUCCAACAAACACGAAGGAUAAAUUAGUUCCGCGCACUCGAAGUCUGGCCAUAUUAAGAGAAGGUCAUGAAUUGGCUGGAAUGCAUUUGGAUCAUAGACCAGUAGCUCAUCAAUCUGGCCUAAUGCGCCUGCACCCUCAGAGACAGGUCGUUGUUCAAGGACCUAGCAUUCGAAUUGGUGGCGGUGCCACAGGUGUUGGUCAACCAGGUUCCGACUUGAUCAUCUCCUCACUGGGCAGCGCAGGCGGGGGUAGAGGUGGAGGUGUAUCAAUUAGUAUUAAGCGCGGUCAGACGAAUAUUAGCAGCAGUGCAGGUACAGCAAUUAAAAUACAAGGACAGGGUCAUGAAAUCCACAUCCAAGGUCGCGGAGGUCAAAAUAUUAGAGUUCAGCCAGCAGUAGGACACGGUGGUCAUGUGAUCAGAAUACACGGCCAAGCUCACCAGGACCAGUUGCAGUACCCUUCGUACAGUGCAGUAAAACCUGUCGCUGCGAAUUCACCGACAGGUGUCGCCCGUUCAACUGCUACGUUCACCUUACCAAUACCCAGGAGUUAUUCAUCGACAACGCAGUUUCAGCCCCAGAAACCCACAGCGCGGGUAGCGCCUGCGCCUGUGCCACCUCAGAUCUGCACACCUCCUGUGCUGAUCCCUGCCACUACACUGUCGCCGUCACCCGUCCUCUCCUCCUCCUGUCCAGACUCCCCCACCUGCAGCCAGGAGACUCCACCAUUUCCCGUGUGUUCACCUGUUUCAUCACUAUCUGAGACUCCAGCUUCAUCCCCAUCUCCAUCGCCUUCGCCACCACUAGCUUCACAGAUAUACACAGUGCAACCUCCUGUUAGCCAGGUAAGUGUUUUACUGGAGAUCAGCUGCAUGCAUUGA